GUUAUGUCAUUUUUAUUUUUCAUAUGAAUAGAAGAUUUCUUGAAUCACAACAUUAAUUUCCUAAGGAAAAAUAAGUUUGAAAAACAUCUAUAGAUAUUAAUCAUAGAAUUAUGGAUGCCAAACUCUCCUUUGGCAUAAUAAUAUUAUCAUCAUGUUUAGUAUGUUGCCACCUUUUUCAUAAUCCAAAUAGCAUAAGAGAACAGUGUCCAAGACUGUUUGGUAGGACGUUCAAAGGAUGUAUCCCCAAAGGAAAUAUUUCUGCAGGAACAUAUGAAGAAAUGAAGGACAUAACUAAACUGAAAAGUUGUGUAUUGAAAUGCUGCUCAAAAGACUCCUGUAAUGUUGCUUUUAUGCACAAUGAUAAAUGUUACCAUAUUACAUGCAAUAGCAAUGAACUUUGUAUGCCUACUCCCACUGCAAAUACUGCUACAUCAGAUAACUUUUAUUUAAUCUUAGUGAAACCCACAGAUGAUCAAAGUUGGGAAGAUAUUCUCCAGGGGCCAGGAGAUAAUGAGCAGGACAAAGAAAUAUACAGCAUACUAAAUGAUAGAAAUAGAUUUGAGGAUGCUGUAAAAGAUUUAAUGAGGGAAGAAUCAUUUGAGAGGAGCUCUUAUUGUGAAGUUGGAAUAGAAAAUGCUUGUUUACCCAAUGAAGAAUGUGUCCCUCAGCAUGCCAAAUCAAGAGCUGGUGUAUGUCAAUGUUUGGAGGACUAUAUUCGCAAGGAUGGUGUAUGUUUUUCUGUUCUCUUGGAUGAUGCUUCUAUUCGCCCUGUAAUUCCCUUGUUGACUGAGCGUAUUCUGAAAGUUGACAAUAACACUAUACCAGUCACUCCAAGACACCUGAAUGUGAAAGCUGAAUCAGCUGAGGUCAGGUUGCCCUCCAAUGAGGUCACUUUGGUGGCCUCAGUAGAUGGCCAAGAUGACAAGUAUCAAUUUGAAUGGACUUCCCUGCAUCAGCCAGAUGGUAGUAAGGCUGUGAAAGAACAGAAUGGGGGGCAAUUGCAUCUGGAUAAACUGGUUGAAGGGGUCUAUUCGUUCAAGGUUUCUGCUUCUACAGAAACAGCUUAUGGGGAGACCUUUGUGAAUGUGACAGUGUUGGCGGCGAAGCGAGUUAAUAAACCGCCAAAAAUCAUAAUAACACCAGCUAAUCAAACAAUUAAACAGCCGAAUUCGGCAGCCGUACUAGAUGCGUCCUCUUCAACUGACGAUGACGGUAUUGUUUCCUGGCAAUGGGAACUUCAACAAGGACCUCUAGGAUAUGAACCGCAGUUGAAAGAUAGUUCGACUUUGCAACUGAGUGAUCUCACAAAACCAGGAAAUUACACGUUCAAACUCACUGUCACCGAUACUGAUAAAGCGACAAGCAGUGCAACUGCAAAUAUCACCGUUCUAGCUGGGAUAGAUUAUCCCCCAGAAGCAAAUGCAGGUGAGGAGAAGAUAAUCUACCUUCCGCAAAAUUCGAUAACGUUGAGCGGGAAUCUGAGCAGAGACGACAACGCCAUCACGACGUGGGAGUGGACUAAAUCAGCAGACGAUGCACAAAAGGCCGUCGACAUGCAAGACACUCGAACGCCAUACUUGCAUUUGUCGAAUUUGCAAGAAGGUAUAUACGCCUUCAAUUUGAAAGUGACGGAUAGCGCGAAUCAGUCCAGUACAGCACAAGUACACGUCUUCGUGAAACCCCCCACCAACAAACCGCCGGUCGCCAGCGCAGGCGCCAACGCCACCAUCAGCCUGCCGCAGACGUGGAUCGUCUUGGACGCGUCCAACAGCUCCGACGACAACAAAAUAAUCGCCUACAAGUGGGAGCAGGUCGAGGGACCGUCCACUGUCGCUUUUGACAGUCAGAAUUCGAGCAAGACGAACGUGACAGGGCUGACCAAGGGCGUGUACUGCUUCAAGGUCACUGUCGCCGACGAGGACAAAAAUGCCGCUAGCGACAAGGUGUACGUCACCGUCAACCAAAAUAAAAAUCAGAAACCGACAGCUGACGCGGGUAAAGACUUCGAGGUGGAACUGCCUCGGAACGCCGUUAUGCUGAACGGAUCUAAUUCCAGAGACGAUUGGGCCGUAGUCAAGUGGAAGUGGACGCGAGAUGAGAAUUCCAUGGCGUUCGGAAAGGUCGCCGAGACCACCGAUGAAGCGCCAGUGCUCAUUUUGACGGAUCUCGUUGUCGGCAAGUACACGUUCAAUUUGACGGUCUCCGACGAACAAGGUUUGACUGACACGGAUUCUGUCAGCUUCGUCGUCAGAAACGACCCGAAGUACUUCUAUUUGGUGGAGAUGACGGUGGAUCUCGAUUCCAAAUCGUUGACGGAAGCUCAGUUGGGAAAUUUGAAGAGUAAAUUGGCCCUGCUUGUUAGAGAUGGGCACAAACUGAAGGUUAGAAACGUCCGCGCCGAAACAAAAACCUCCAAAACGACGAUAACCUUCUACGUGGAAGACGCCGAAGGAAAACCGACGUCCGCCAACGACGUCGUCCAAUAUCUUCGUCAAAAACUCCGUGUCGAUGCCUCUCUUCUCGGCUUCUCCGUGGCCAAACUCCAGACCACCAUCUGUCAAAACAACUGCUCCGGUCACGGCGUGUGCGACGAAAUAACACGUGCUUGCACUUGCGAGGCCUUCUGGAUGCAGAACAUGUUCAAGGUCUAUCUGGAGUUCGACGAGGACUCCGAUUGCAGCUGGAGCAUUCUGUACGUGAUCUUGGGCGUGAUGACGUUCGUGCUGCUGUUUCUUGGAUCGCUGUGGGGAAUGGUGCAUCUGUGCCAGAGCGCGUGCGCGAAAAGGGAGUCGGGUUCGAAACCGACUUCUUACAAGCUCAUCGAGGAUUCCGACGAUUUGCCGCCUUUUGCCGCAAGAAAAUCCAACGUAUCGGAUAGCGACACGGACUCAGACGUGGUAUUCGAGUCGCGUUCCAAACCACCACGUUUCGGGGAUUCCCGGAACGGUUACAAGGGCACCAGGAAUGGUUACGCCAAACAGGGAAGAAGAGUGAAAACUUAAAGGUCGCAAUGUCGACUGGCAUAAACUUAUACAAUUUGAUAGUCAUGUGGAAGGAUUCCGAAAGGAGCUUUUCCGGUCCAUUAUUGUGAGAUCAUGUUUGGUCACUACUUGUAGUUUUAUUUUUUAGUCUACUUGUGUUCCUAGCCAAAUGUGUGAUGUGAUUAUACAUGGGGAGUGAUUGUUACGUACUCGAACGAAUAUUUUGCUCUUAUUAUAUUUUUAUCUUAUUGUAAUAAAAAUCUAUAAUUUU